CUCAGGGAGCUCUUGUUUCAAGAUGCAGGUAUCUUAUUUUUUUUUUCUUCCAAACUAAAUGUAACGCAUCAUGUGACUCAUCGCUUCCAGGUUGGAAAAAGCGGUGAUAUGUGUGUCACUGCACAUGUGUCUAACAGCAGCAGCCAGAGAAAGGUUCAAAUAACUUCCUGUUUAGUUCAGAGCAGAAACGUGUUAUCACAGGUCUGAACGGCUCAAAUCAUAAGACAGACAAACAGGCUGUGAAGGUGACCGUAUGGAGUCCACGAAAGGCUACAAUUACAAGAUGGAGGUAUGUCUGGUGUCAUUUGAUUAUUGUCACCUUCUGUUAACAGUCUGUAGCUUUAGGCAUGUUGGAAAGAACUGAGACACUGGAUUACCUCUGCACGUAGAAAAAAACUUUUUCAUCUUUGGGCGUGACGACAGGAGGAUUGAUUUUUUUUUUUUUUUUUUUGCCUUUUUUUUGUGAUCAAAACCAAUCCCACGGAAAUGCUUCACAUAUGCUCUUGCCUAUUUUGAUUUUUUGUUUUCAUUUUAAAAUCUGGCCACAUAAGGACAUUAGUAUGUCAUGUGAAACUUUUUUCAGAGUUCUGCGUCACCUUCUGUUUGGCGUUGCAAUAGUGGGAAGCAUUGCGGCUUUGUUUUUCAUGUAUUUUACACCGACCUUCACCUUCAACACGUCCAGUCCUGAUGAGUCAACAAUAGCCACAGACCAGGUGAAAAAUGUCUUGCCGACUAAAAAUGAUAAAAUCCUGAUCACCGUUUUGAUCUGGCUCUGGCCGUUUGGACAAGCUUUCAAUCUGAGUCCCUGCAGCUCUCUCUUCAACAUCGAGGGUUGUUUCCUCACAGCAGACAGGAACUUCUACAACAAGUCAGACGGGGUUGUGAUCCAUCACAGAGACAUAAGGAGUGACCUGUCCAACCUUCCAAUGCUUCAACGACCACCUUUCCAGAAGUGGAUAUGGAUGAACUUGGAGUCUCCAACACACUCUUCCAAACUUCCUGGGAUCGAGAAACUUUUCAAUCUCACUAUUAAUUACCGCCAGGAUGCCGACAUUGCAGUGCCUUAUGGUUCGAUCGUACCGGCAGAGGAUGACGAAAACUUUGUCCUACCUAAGAAAGACAAGCUGAUAUGUUGGAUUGUGAGCAACUGGAACCCAAACCAUGUGCGUGUGAAAUACUUCAAUGAGCUGACCAAACACGUUCAGGUUCACAGUUACGGUCAAGCCUUUGGUAGCCGCAUUUCUGACCAAGACUUCCUUCCCACCAUCUCCAGCUGUAAGUUUUACCUUUCAUUUGAAAACUCCAUCCACAGGGACUACAUCACUGAAAAACUGUACAAUCCGCUCUCUGUGGGGACGGUACCUGUAGUUCUCGGGCCACCUAGGCCAAACUAUGAGAGGUUUAUCCAAGGAGACGCCUUCAUCCACACUGAUGACUUCAAAUUGCCUAAAGAGUUGGCCGACUACCUGCUGCUCCUGGACAAGAACCAAGAAAUGUACCUCAGGUACUUUGAUUGGCGACAUUACUUUAAAGUAAAGAAAGCCAUAUUUUGGGCAGAACACACAUGCAAAGCUUGUGAAUAUUUGCGUCAGCACAAAGAGUACAAGACAUUCAAUGAUCUUGAUAAGUGGUACUGGGGUUGAUCGGGCUUUAUUUUUUGUGAAGACAGUCGUUAAAAGAUUCUUCGGGGGUUUCUAUAAACUCUUCUGAGACAUAUUUCCAAAUCAGUCAAGCUGUUGUGCUAGAUUUUAAUGCUGGAACUGACCUAAUUGGUGAGUGAACUGGAUGCCACACAGACUAACAAGGUGCAGUGUUGUCAGUUGUUUCAUAGUUUCAUAGACACACUUUGAGCUGUUAUAACUGAAGAGGCAACAAAUUUCAAAUUUAAAUUAAAAUUUAUUAAUUUAUAUAGCGCCAAUUCACAACGGGGUCACCUCAAGGCGCUUCACACAACACAACUUAAAAAAGCAAAACAAAAUGAAUUAAAAGAUUUAAAAAACACAGUAACAGAACAAAAACAUAAAUAAGUAAAGAUAAUAAAAGAAGACACAGAAUAACAUAAAAUACUAGCGAUAAAACAGGGAAAAAAGAUGUGUCUUCAAUUUAGAUUUAAAAAUCUCACAAAGUCUGACUGUCGUAUGUGCAAUGACAGGGACGUUUUUUCUUCUUUUUAAUCAUAGGUGGGUCACAUUUGAUUGGAUUAAAUUCCAUAGCAGAUGACAUUGUGGAGACAUUAAGAAUAUUUGAUAAAUGUCAUGAUAUAGAUACCAACUUAUAUACAUCCUAUAAUACUGACUUUAGUGCUACAUUUCAAGCAUGAGCUCAGAUCAGCAUUUCAAAAGCAUCUUUUCAGUUUUAGUGUAACUUUGGCUGCGUAAAUGAAAGAGACAAACAAGUUAAUUUCAAACAAUAUGUAAUUUCAAAGCCACACAUAUUUCUUGAGCUGCUGCCCCCGUGACCCGACUCUGGAUAAAGCGGAAGAAAAUGGAUGGAUGGAUGGAUAUAUUGAUAUAAGAACAUUUCCUCAUGAUUUAUGACUGUUAUUUGACUUUUAGAAGACAACUGUUGCUAAGCAAACAGAAACUAAUGGUUUAUUUUGCUGAUUUAGUUCAUUUCUGUGCAGAAAUGGUCUCUCUCUCUCUCUCUCUCUCUCUCUCUCUCUCUCUCUCUCUCUGACAGCCACACCUCAUCCUAAUUCUCAUCAUCUAUUCAACAGUCACCAGUCGGUGGCAGCAUAGAUGCUGGUGAGAAUAUUGCUUUGAAUGAGCUUUA